UACAAUCCAUUUAGUGACCUGAAAAAUUCCACUCUUCAUAACCCUUAAGGCCGAAUUUCAGUUAGAAGUAACGUGUUGUUCACGUGCGGUAGUCGUUUGAAGCGAGUGGUGUAGCGGUUACGGUUGCCACAAAAAUGGAAAGAAACGAUAUCCGUGAAAUGAUAAAAUACUUUUAUUUAAAAAAGUGGACAGCAGCAAAGAUCAAAGCCAAGUUAGAUGAAAUUCAUAGGGACUCUGCUCCUACGUUGAAGACCAUAUAUUUCUGGAUAAAAGAAUUUAAACGUGGCCGAUCCUGCAUUAAAACGCGCUCAGUUGAGGUUACCACGUCGAAUAUGGUAGAAAAAAUGUAUGAUAUGAUCAGGGAAGAUCGUCGAGUGAAAUUGCGUGAGAUCGCUCAGGCCGUAGGCAUCUCGACAGAACGAGUGUAUAACAUCCUAUAUGAAAAAUUGCAUAUGAAAAAAUUGUGUACACAAUGGGUGCCGCGAUUGUUGACUAUCGAUGAAAAAUUCAUACGAAAGAACAUUUCAAGGCAGUGUUUAACGAUGCUUGAGUGCGAUCCGUAUUUUUGGCGUCGAUACGUGACUGUGGGCGAAAUUUGGAUUUAUUACUACACUUCUAAGUCGAAGGAGCAGUCAAAGCAAAAUGCCAAAAAAAUGCUUGGUAAAAGUGCGCCAAAGAAGACUCUUUUGUCAGCUGAAAAGGUGAUGGUCACUAUUUUUUGGGAUUCCCAAGGAAUUAUCCUGAUUGAUUGUUUACAAAAGGGUAAGACAAUAACAGGAGAGUACUAUGCAAAAUUAUUGAACCGUUUGAAAGAAGAACUAAAAAACAAACGGCCAGGGUUAAUGUGCGAAAAGGUGCUCUUCCAUCAAGAUGACACGUCGUUUCACGAAUCGACCGUCGCAAUGGCAAAAUUACACGAAUUGGGUUUUGAAUUGGUUCCUCAUCCACCCUAUUCACCAGAUUUGGCCCCGUGUGACUUCUUUUUGUUCCCAAGUUUGAAAAUCUUGCUCAGUAGGAAGAAAUAUUUGUCGAAUGAAAAAGUCAUCACUGCCAUCAAUAAAUAUUUUGCAAAUUUUCAGACAGCCAAUUUUUCUAAUAGUAUUAAAACAUUGGAAACUCGCUGGACCAAAUGUAUCGACCUUAAUGGAGACUAUGUUGAAAAUAUACUAGAAAAGGAGAAAAAUAUGAGCUCAGAAGAGAUUCAGGAGAAAAUGAAUUUGGAUGAAUCUGAAUGUUGUCCACGCAGGAGUAAACGCAGACAAAAACGAAGACUCGAGUCUAAUUCUGAGGAAGAAGAUGAAACAUAUAUUCCUAAAAUUAACGGAAUACCAAUAACUGUGAAACGUAAACCAUACAAGAAAAAUAAACCGAGGUAUAGCACAACAAAUGGGACGAAACCAGUGCGCACGAUAUAUCCGCCAAUCCCUAUUAGACCACGUCCGCCUCCAUUAUUGAGCAAUCAGCCGAAUGAGCCACAGACAGUUUAUUCACAGUACGAGCAACCGAAUAAGGCUGGAUGUCAAGAAGCAGCAGUCGAACAACCGGAAAAAAUCAUUAUUCCACCGCCGAAUGCGAUAAAUAUGAUUGAUUCUGCCGCAUCAAUGCGAUACGAUUCCGGUGUAAUAUCACCUUCCUUGUAUCAUACGGCCAUCAUAAAUCAAACCUCAGCAUCUACCACUUACGUUCGACCGAUGAACUCCGCGUUUCAUCAUAUCAUUCUGCCAUCGCCACCAGCAUCGCAAGUGCAAAACUAUCAGGCUCAGUCUCAAUCUCUUCGAAAUUCAACGAAUGCAAUGGUAUCUCUAUCGAACAAUCGUUACUCAUCUCGGUUUAUUCUUCCAAAAGCAAAAGCAUCAGAUGCAGUAACAUUGACUCCUAAUAUAAUCGAAAUUGAUAGCGAUUCCGACGAUGAGCUGAAAAUCGUCGAGCAGCAUGAUAAUAUGACGACCGACAACAGGAAAAAUUUUGCGGAUAUAAUAGAUGUUUCUUUCAACAAGAUAAUACCUGUUGCUCUUUUUAGUACAGAAAAUGACAUUGAGAUAAAAGAAGACCAACCUCUGAGAGAGAUGUAUACAUCUCUCAAGAAACAGCCUUCCACAUUCAGCAAAGUGAUGCUAACACAUAGUCAAGAGCUCGACACUUUUUUGGGCAAUGUAAAAGAGAAUAUGCAAAAUUUCUUUAUUUUACCCGAUAACGAGACAGUUGGAACUGAGAAUAUCAAAUCAAUGAUGGAGCAGAAAAUCAAACGGUUCCACCGAAGUAUGCACGAUACAAUUUUUCAGUUGGCGCACAUUAACGAUAGAGUAAUACGUGAAUAUAAUAAAUGGAAAAGAUCCCAGAAGACUGAGACUGAAGUGUCAUCGACUAAUCAAAGUACAGUGGUGCUGCAAGCAGAUGUAGAUAUUCCUCUACAUAUGACUUGCAUCAAUGAAUCUGAUACUGAAUCUGAUUACGAGGAAUCGGAAUGUUGGAUUAUGGAAUCAUCUGAUGAUAUUAAAUCUAGCAACAUUCUUAAGGACUUAUUAAUGUUUAAAAAGGAUCUACAGCAUCGUGGUGUUGGUGAUAGUGCGAUUACGUCUGAGAACAAAGCGAUUCAGGUGUACGAUGUUGUUUCGAGGGAUUAUGAGAAAUGUAUCAGUUACUCUUUGUUGAAAAAAACCCUGCAUAAUGAGCAGACGGACAAAAGUGUCUUGGAGUCUAUAAAAAUACCCAAUAAGAACUUUGACAAAUACCAAGAGCAGUUUAUCUUUUAUUUGCAGCAAGAAGGUUAUGGCAUCAAAACGGAAGAUAUGAAAGAAUGGGAAGAUUCGGACAAAACCUUCGAAAAAUUGACAGCCGCAGAUUCGCAUACUUUACAUUUUCGUCAAAAUAUCGAUUUGUUAAUUGAAUCUGUUGAGCAAUCGGUAAAUUGCAAACAAGAAGGGAGCUCGGACAGUUUCACUGAUUCUGUAGUUUGCGAUGAAGCCAAUGAAUCAGCGAAUACAACGGAUUGCAAGAAAAUUACGCAGAUUAAUGACUUGGACUCUAAUAAUAAAAUACGAGUUGUGAAUAUACGACCUACCGAAGAGAUUCAACAAAUAGAACUGCAGAAAGUUCGGAAUGGUGCGACAACGUUAAAUAAUGAUGAUGUGAACUCAAGCAAAAAUGCUAAUGACAAAGUAAAGGCCGAAGUAGCUAUAAUGGAAAUCGAGGAGGAUUGUACAAUUAUUGAUGGUUAAUGAAAGACUUCAUUAAAUUAUGUGCAACUUUACGUAAAUACUUCAGUGUUUCAAUUUACAGCUGUAGUUUAAGAUAAAGUCUGUUUCAGACGAUCUAUAAUGUACGAGAGAGAAAGUAAUAUGCAACGAAAUAUUUAUUUAUAAUAUUAUUAUUGUAAAGUCUUUAUUUGUGAAUUCAUAAUUUAUUGAGGUACUACUGGAUUUCAAAUUACAUAUGAGAGUGACUAUACUAUGUUCAAUAUAAUAUUUAAUUAAAAUGAUUGAGAUUUAAAAAGUGCCAUUUUCUGUUCAAUUC